AUGUUAGUAGAGAUGAAAAGCUUCAUUCCUUCUUCAUAUACUUUUGAAACAGAAAUCCAGAAGAUAAAGCAAGAACUUUUAACAAGUAAUUUAGACUGUACCGCACAGGAUGAAGAAAAUGAACAGUAUCUUUAUGAAAUGCAGGACAUUAUUGACCAUUUACCCAAACUACCUGAAAUUCAGCAGCAAAAGCUCACUAUUCCUGAAUUCGAUGAAAUAGAAGUCAAAGCAACUGACUCAGUAGAAAUAAAGAAGUUCAUACGAAAGGUAAACUAUGAGUUUCUAGGAUUUCAUUGCAACCAUAAGGUUAUGGACAAAGAUUGCGACAUGGUAUAUAAAAAUGUUUCUGACCUUUACAAAACCCGGGAGUUUAAGACCUACGACAACUUUGUUUCGUUAGUUGCAGAAUGUGUAUGGCAGAUAAGAGAUAAAGAUAGAAGAGGUAAGGUAUGGAAUGAACAAAUAAGACCCGCUAUGUUUGAGAUGAAGAGAGCAAUUGACGCCUUAGUUGUUUUAGCAGGUAAGGUUUCAGAAUAUAACGCAAAGUUGAACCCACAAUGUUCUAAAUGUAAAGCAGCAAUGAGGAAAUAUAACUACUCCGUCAAAGAGAUAGAA